AUGUUUCGACUUAAAAUGGAAGUGGUCGCGGCGUUGGCUGCGUGGUCGAUUGCCUCGGUUUGUGAGAACGUGCCGAUGUCUAGCCAUUGGGUUCGAGGCCUCUGUCCACGAUCGAAAGAUGUGAAUGAUCUGGGAAUCAAGCUUUCGCCCACCGCCAAGGUCUAUUUCCCAGGCUCGGAAGAGUUCGAGGUGGCGUCCACCCGGUGGUCUGUCUUAGACGCUCCCAAGGUGAAUAUCGUUGUAGUGCCUGGCACGGAAAACGAUGUGGUCGAGACGGUCAAAUUCGCGAAUGAAAAGGACUUGCCCUUCCUUGCGUAUAAUGGUGCCCAUGGUGCAAUUACGACCCUGGGUAGAAUGGACCAUGGCAUUGAAAUCUUUCUGGAUCAGCUGAAUACCAUCCACAUUGCGGAUGAUGGGAAGACAGUGAGGAUUGGUGGCGGAACCAAGUCCAAGGCUGUUAUAGAUCGGCUCUGGGAGGCAGGAAAGCAAACAGGUGAGUCGACACUGGAGAGUCCAUCUGAACGAAUCGUGGAUAUUGACAUGGAGUUAGUGAGCGGCACUUGCGAAUGUGUCAGCUUUCUGGGACCUGCACUCGGGGGAGGCCAUGGCUGGCUGCAGGGCCACCACGGUCUCGUUGCCGACCAGUUCGUUUCUAUGAAUAUCGUGCUCGCAGACGGGAGUUUGAAAGCACUUGAUAAACAGUCGGAUCUCUGGUGGGCGAUGAAUGGUGCUGGCCAUAACUUCGGCAUUGUAACUUCCGUUACUACCAAGCUUUAUGAUGUCGUUCAUCACGACUGGGCGAUCGAGACUCUCACAUUUAGUGGCGACAAAGUGGAGGCCGUAUAUCAAGCCGCUAACGACCACCUCCUGAAGAAUGGUACUCAGCCCGAGGGUGUUAUCAAUUGGUCAUACUGGCUGAAUAACCCGGAUGCUGACCCUGAAAACGUGAGUUUAUCAAUUUGCCAAGACGUUCUACGGGCUAACCAGGUGUUCAAGCCGGUGAUUCUAUUCUACAUUAUUCAAGAGGGUGUGAAAGUAGUCGACUCAGCUUACACAAAGCCGUUCCACGAUAUUGGCCCACUCUCUAAAGAGCCAAAGGGAGGAAGCUACACCGAUCUUGCGGAGUGGACAGGCAUCUCCCUUUCAUCUCCGCCGUGCCAGAAGGCCGGCCUUGUCAACCCCCGGUUCCCGAACUAUCUUGAAGAAUAUAACGUCCCCGCCCAAAAGGAGGCAUAUGAGAUCUUCGCAAACGCGAUCCGCGGAAGCUCGCCAUUCAACAACUCAAUAUUCAUGUUCGAAGGGUAUUCCAUGCAGGGAGUAAAAGCAAUCGACAGCAAGUCCAGUGCUUUCGCUUUUCGAGGCGAGAAUAUUCUCUCUGCUCCACUCAUCACGUAUGCGCCCGCCGGUCCAGAGCUUGAUAAGAAGGCAUCCGAGUUAGGCAAUGAGCUUCGCCAGGUCCUCCAUAAGGCCAGUGGGCGGCCAGAGGUGCGCGCGUAUGUCAACUAUGCCUACGGCGACGAAACACCGCAACAAUGGUAUGGAAGUGAGAAGUGGCGCCAGGGCCGCCUGCAGGCCUUGAAGCAGAAGUACGAUCCAACGGGCAAGUUUAGCUUCUUCGCACCAAUUGCAUAA